AACCACUCGUUUUCUUUUCAGGAAUUUCAGUGUUUAGGGAUUUCGUUCAUUUCGCCAACCCUUUUGCACUGCUCGGAGCUCAAAACAGGACAGCAUUUCGCACCGGAAUUUCCAUUGAAGGUGGUGGUCGUCGUCGACCUAGAAUCUCAUAAUAUUCCUGCAACUUUUUUCCAUGUUAGUUGCAGGAAUGUCUGCUCCAUUGACUCCAUCAAAGAGAUCACGUGAUCGGAACAUUGUCAAGUCCAAUGGGAAAGGAAAGUGGCAGAAGACAUCAGGGUCUCGUUCGCAUAAGCAAUCCUUCAAAUUGUCUCCUGGCUAUGCUAUCUUUCGUGUUCUCUUUCCUGUUUCCAGAAUUGACAGCCUUGUUGGUGGAGAUGGAGAUGUUUUAUCUAAAAUUAGUGAAGAAACAGGCGUAGAAAUCAGAGUAGAAGACACUAUCCCUGGAUGUGAUGAGAGAAUUGUAGUAAUUGGAGGCUCUAAUCAAGAAACUGAAGUGAACCCCGAGGAGAAGAAUAAGGAAGACAACAAAAAUUCUGAAGUCGAGGAGAAUGAGGGUGAUAAUGCCGAGUGGACAAAGAAGGAAGACAAAGUUUCUCUUCCUGGGGAAGAAUCUAAACAAAAGGAGGUUCCAUAUUUGCAAUUGCGAAAAGCCCUCUUUCUUGUUUCUGAGAAGAUAUUUGAUGAAGAACCGGAGGCAGAUGGGGCAGAUGUUGAAGGUGAUAAGCUGUCUACAUUUGUUUUAAGAUUGCUUGUUCUUUCUAGUCAAGUUGGGUGCCUAUUGGGAAAGGGUGGCAGUGUAAUCAAACAAAUGUCAUCUGAUAGUGGAGCGCAAAUUAGAAUUCUUCCCAGGGAUAAACUUCCUCCGUGCGCAACUUCCAGUGAUGAGCUAGUCCAGAUUAGCGGAGGAAAUGAUGUGGUAAAGAGAGCUCUUGAACUUGUUUUUCAGCAGCUAAUUGAAAAUUCACCCCAUGAUAAGGAUCCUGUCACCUCAAGCAUGACUGCACAGUCAUCACAUUCAUCUGGACAGUCUCGUUCUUGGGCUCAUGAUUAUCCUCUGGGUAGUAGUUCUCUUAAUGCUCAUGCAGGCCCUUACUCUGUGCCUCGUGAAGUUGGCAACUUUCAUUCCAGUACACCGUCUCUUGCUCCUAAUAAACAGUAUGAAACCAGCAUUCCUGGUCGAAUCAAACCUUCUCAAGAAAUUUUAAGUUUUCGUUUAUUAUGCCCAUCUGAGAGAGUUGGAAAUGUGAUUGGAAAAGGAGGAGUAGUAGUAAAGGCUCUUCAGCAAGAGACAGGCUGUGACAUCAAAGUUAUUGAAAGUGCCUUGGACCCAGACGAUCGCAUUAUACUUGUAACUGGUCCUGCGAAUCCAGAUGACAGAAUAUCACCUGUACAAGAUGCUGUUUUUCGCGUUCAGGCCAGGAUUGUCAAGGCUGUACCAGACAGCAAGGAGCAGAACUUGGUGGCUAGGUUUCUUGUUUACUCCAAUCAAAUUGGUUGUCUUCUUGGGAAAGGUGGCUCCAUCAUAGCUGAAAUGAGAAAGUCGACUGGUGCAUAUAUUCGUAUUUUAGGAAAGGAGCAGGUCCCAAAGUGUGUUGGUGAAGAUGAAGAAAUGGUCCAGAUAAAUGGAGAUCCUGAAACAGUUCAAGAUGCUAUGUUGCAGAUAACUACUCGGCUGAGGCAGCAUUUUUUCCGCGAUGCAUUUCCAUCAGUUAAUAAUCAUCCAAAUCCUGCAUUUGUUGAUAGACUUCCUUCAUUUCCUUCGUAUUUUGGAAGGAGGGAAUUGUCACCACCAGGAAUCUAUUCAAAUUUAGGACCCUCAUUUCACAAGUUUGAUGCUCUUAGUGGCAUUCCUUCACUUAGUGAUUUGCGAGAUGAUCGACCUGCUUUUCUUCAUAGGCCAGGUGCUCCUCUGUUAUCUGAUAGAAAACCAUGGAGCUCUCAGGGACUAGUUGAAGGUGGUGUUGGCUUGCCAGACUUUACAGGAGCCCAUCAUAGGAGAAUCGCUGGAUUUGGAGGAGUAAAUAAUCCAGCUAUUAUUACGAGCACCACUGUUGAAGUAGCUGUUCCUCGAGACCUUGUCCCCGUUAUUUGUGGAGAGAAUGGUGAAUGUUUGAAACAGAUUCGUCAGAUUUCUGAUGCAAAAAUUACGAUUACUGAGCCAAAGCAAGGAGCUGUUGAAACUGUGAUUAUCAUUUCUGGAACACCCGAGCAAACCCAUGCGGCUCAGAGUCUUAUUCAAGCUUUUGUAAUCAGCGAGACGGAGUCUAGUUGAUUUGUUCUGUUCAGGCAACUAUAAAGUUUGGCUGUUUCGUUUGGUCGUAGGCGAAGUUUAUUUCUGAUUGUAGGUAUACAAUGACUACUUUCUUAUCUCUGGGCUGAUUGUUUUGGAGAAAGGAUGUUGCACAGACGAGUAUUAACUGCUGAUACGCCUUGGGGCCGCUAGUUUUGCCAUAAUCUGCAAAUUUUGACGAACACUUGGGAGCUGCAGUCUAUAAUAUCUGAAGUUUAUGGCCUUGUGACAUUUUUCACCUCUAUAUGUAAACACAGCCUAACGAUGGCCAUAUUUUUGUGAAACUCUUGAGCAUUUGAAAAUCUUGGUUCCUUGACUGCAAAAUUUGUACUAAGGGGUUAAAACAAUACUUAAGGGGUAGAAAUUUCAUUGUUUUUUUCCCUCUUAA